AUGCGCGUUUUACUUCUUUUAUUAUCGACUUCAUCGAUUUUGGCCCUUCCUUUGACCGGAGAAUGGCUCCGAGAUGAAGGUGAUGAUUUACCGGAGGUGAGUGCGGAAAUUGAAUUAACUUAAAAAAAUUAUAAAUUUUUUAGUGAAACUUUCUGAAGACUAAUAAAAAUAUUUAUAACGUGUUUCAAUGGAAAUUUAAUUUUUUUUAGUUUUUUCCGUUUCGAUAUUGAAGAUAAAUGAGCAAAUAUUUACUCUUUCUCUUUUUUAGCUUCGGAAAAGAAAAAAAAAACCGAUAGUACGCAAAUUUUCGUUAGCGGUAAAUGCACAAGAAACAUCUUAUUUGACGACUUUUUUGCGGGUUCUCUGGAUCCAGGAAACGCCGUGAAAUAUUGUGAGAUUUUAGAUUUCUGUUGAAUUCCCACGAAAAAACAGGAAAAAAAGAAAAAGAAUCAUCUUUUUUUGAUUGGCAACGACUUUUCGAUCAAGUGCACCGAUUUCAUACUAGCUAUGAAUAAACUAUUAUUUUUUUCUCAGCUCAAAAUGAGUUUUUGUGGAUUUCUUAUUCAAAAUAAAAUGGGUAAUGCGUAUUUUAGGUCAAAUUUCCAAUAAAAAACGUUAUUUUUUAGCCCAAUUUAUAUGUAAAAAUUAUUUUUUAAAGGUUUUUCCUCCCAACUUUACCGGAAAAAAACCGAAUGAACUAUAACUUUUGAUUUUUUUAUGAUUUUUUUCAAGCUCGAAGUUGAAGGUUUUGAGAUUAAUUUUUCUCAAUGGAAAUUGUGUAUUUUUUUGGUCAUUUUUUUCAAUAAAAAGCGUGUUUUUUUGAGAUCAAGUUAUAAAAAAAUAUUUUUGUUGGGUUUAUUAAACUUUUUUUGGAACCAGUUUAACUUGUCUCCAGAGAAUGCCGAUCCAUUUCACUUCUGCAAAAUUCAAAUAUGAGAAAGAAAACGACGUGGACGUUUUAUCGCCAGCUCCAGCGGCUUCAGAGGUUUUUUUUUCAUAUUGAAAAAAUAUUUAUUGAUGAAAAACAAUUUAGAUUUUACAAGUGGACAUGUUAUGUCAAUUUUGCCUCGCAGCCAUCGAAAAAUUGAAAGAAAGGCAGGAAUCCGAGUCGAAUUUUGAAGAAGUUUCCAAUUUUUGGAGUGAUUCUUCUCAAAAAAUGAAUUUCAGAACCUUCGAAAGGAAUGCGAGACGGCUUAUAAUAAAACGAGCGAAACCGCUUGUAAUUUGAUAAAUAGGUUGGAAAUCAAUUCAUUGAAGGAAAAAUUUGAAUGAAAAAUAUUUCAGUGCAAACCUGGAAACGCUCCGGGAAGAUUCGGCGGCUUUGAUUUGUACGGAACAAAAAUUGUGUUCCGAUUUUGAAGGAAUGGUGGGUCAAAUUUCUCGUUUUUCAAGUCCAUUAGUUCAAAGUUUGACUGGAAAAAAAUUUUAAAAAAAAAUGAAAAAAAUGAAUAAGUGAAUUUCCUGUUUCCCGAACUUUUUCAAAUUCUGAGCUUUUUUUAUUUUUAUUUUUUUCUUGCUUGAUACUCUCGAAUAAAAUGGACAUUUUUUUCAAAAAGUUGUUCCGGACUUAAAAUAAUUAAGGCCAUUAACAUUUUUUCAACUGAAUUUCGAUUCACAACUGCAAUUCGUAGAAAAAUCAUUAUUUUUGAAAUUUUUCGGUGUUUUUUUAGUCUUAAAAAAUGCCAGAAAUCUUUUUUUCGAACGUUUUACGAAAGAAAAAGGUUGGAAACCUAAGAAUCGCUGAAAAAAAAACUGCAAAAAAGUGUCUUCCGUUGCCGGGAAUCGAACCCGGGCCUUACGGGUGAGAGCCGUAAAUCCUAACCACUAGACCACAACGGACACGUCAGUCUGGCGCUGGUUUCAGGGGGAAGGCAUCGAGGGGGGCGCCGCACAAGUGCCAUCAGCCGAUCAAUCGAAGGCCAGUGAACGUGGCGAUUUCGACAAGGUCGGUAGAGUUUUGAAACAAUGAGGCGUAUAAAAUAUUCAAUUUUGAAUGAAAACUAAGUUAUUUUGAAAAUUUUCACUCGUUUUAUCUCAAUUUUGAAACAAAAAAAAAUUUUGAACGAAAAUUUUUUGAAAAGAAAAAAAGGAAAAAGGAGAAUUUUUCGCUCUUUGUUUGAAAUUUUACUCGAACAUAAUUUUUCCUAUCCAUUUUCGCCAAUCUUUUUCAUUAUAUAAUCACUGGGUGAUUGAAAAAAAUGUUAAAAAAAUUAUUGAUAGUACUUAAAAAAAUAAGGGUGGGAAGAAAAAAAGAUACGAAAAAAACAUGGGAAAUUUUUAAGUUUCCUGUAUAAAAAAAUAUCGAAAAUUUCAAAAUUCAAAUCUUUUCUUUUUUCAUUUUCUGGCUUUCUUUUAAAGAUAAUUGAAAAUUGUUUUUCAAUUUUUGUAUUGUUCUAUUCUUUUUAUUUUGAUCACAGUGUUAAAAAAAUAUUUCUUAAAACUUUUUUUCAACUUUGAUUUAAAAAAACUUGUGCAAAUUGUGACUAUCCGAUUUUCCUGAGUAAAUAGUCCCACGGAAACAGGCCUUCCUUAAAGGGUUUUCAUUAUUUUUCCUCGGACUUUCAAAACUGAAAUUCUAACUUUUUUAAUUUCAGGAAAAUUCAAAAACACUCCUCGAUAGAGUCAAAAAACGAAGGAGCAGUGGGGAAAGAGGUAACUUUUGGUAUUUUUAUCAGGAAUUGAGGAUAAUGCGCUCUAUUGAUAAUUUUUUUAUCAAUAUUGCGUAGUUCAAGAUUUUAGCGGUUUUGUAUUUUUUUUUUUUUCAAUACUUAGGAUCUUCAUAGUGGUGACUCUAGGGGCCGCUUAAGCUUGUAGAAGUAGCCCCUCUAGGGUUCUAGUUAGUGGCACCUAUAGGGGGACAUUAUUUUUUUGAUCUCUAUGAGAAAAAAAUAAUUUCCAUGCGAAAAAAAGAUCAAAAAAAGUAGAGUUUUUUUGAAUGAAAUAGAGUAUAAAUUCAUCAUUUUUGUUUUUCAAUUAUUUAAUCUUGACAAAAAUUGAAACACCCCUAUAGGGUCCACUCAAGAUUAAGGGGCUUAUAUGGCAGAUUUCAAACCCCUAUAGUGGUAACUUUUUUGUUUCCUAUAAGGGCUGUUUUUCCCGUGACCCCUAUAGAAAACUCUGGUUUCUAAGAAAGACAAAAGACUAUUUUCAUCAGAAAUUGAACUUUUUCAGAACGAACCCAUCAAAAUUUCGGAAAUCGAACUGGAACCGGCUCAAUUUUUCCCGACUCCGAACCAACAUUUGAACUUUACAAUGAUUGUUGA